AGUUCAGUUCACGAAAUGCAGACCGUGCUGAUCACAGGUGCCAACAGGGGCCUCGGCCUCGGGAUGGUGAAAUAUCUCACUAAGCAGAACGCCGCAAAGACGAUAAUCGCGACGUGCCGAACCGUGUCGGAGGAGCUGAAAACUCUAUCGGCUGAAAACAAAAACGUGGUUAUUUUGAAUUUGGAUGUCAAGGAUACCUCAUCUUUUGAUGACUUUUCCUCCCAAAUAAGUAAAGCUGUGGGCAAACAGGGACUAAACCUGCUAAUUAACAAUGCAGGUGUUACUACUAAGUACACCAAAUUGGCAUACGUAAAGGCGGAACAAAUGCUGGAGAAUUUGUCCGUUAACACGAUUGCACCAAUAAUGCUUACAAAGUCCUUGCUUCCCGUUCUGAAACAAGCCGCGGAUGCGAACAGCGACAAGCCCAUGGGGUGGCAACGUGCAGCCGUCAUCAAUAUGAGUUCCAUUCUCGGUUCCAUUGAACAAAACGUACAGGGAGGUUUUUACCCAUACAGAUGUUCCAAGGCCGCUUUGAAUGCAGCAACCAAAUCGAUGAGUGUCGACUUAAAAAAAGAUAAUAUUCUGGUUGCCUCGAUGCACCCUGGCUGGGUGAAGACAGACAUGGGAGGCAAGAAUGCAGAUCUUGAUGUCGAGACUAGUAUCACUGGAAUAUUUCAGACUAUAGAAAGACUGUCUGAAAGUGACACUGGAAAGUUCUUGAAUUACGAUGGCACUGAACUACCGUGGUAAUUGAUGUUUAUUAAACAACGCCAACGAUAAUAUACGUUUCCAUUUUCUUAA